AUGGAACAAACAACGUCACUUGGUUUCAAGUCAAAAUUCUCCUUCAACAGUCAUGGCAAAUUACCAGUGAGAGAAAAUGUAGAGCCGAAAUCAUUAAUUCUUUGUCUUGAUGGGACGGACAAUGAAUUUGGUCCGAAACCAUUCACAAAUGUUUUGAAACUAUAUACUUUACUCGACAAAAAUAAUGAACUUCAAAUUUGCUACUAUCAAUCUGGGAUUGGAAGCUCAUACAAGGCAGAAUCAACAAAAAUUGUCGAAAACAAUUUUGUCAGCUCAAAAUACAACCAUCUCAACAGCCGAAUCGAUGCAAUGAUUGCAUUUUCCUUACUGAAACACGUUUUGGACGCUUACGAAUUUCUUGCGAAAAACUACAAAAGCAAUGAUAAAGUUUUUCUUUUCGGAUUUAGUCGAGGCAGCUUUACUGCACGUAUAGUUGCGGGUAUGAUAGAGCUAGUUGGGCUCGUGCACAAUGCAUCAAGAGAUACCAUAGUAAUGGCAUGGGACAUUUACAAUAACUGGGAGCAGGCAGGGCAGCCCGCACAUGAUAGUUCAACCUUCCGCAUGGCUCAAGAAUUUAGAAAAACAUUUAGCCGGCGCGACGUCAAGAUCCAUUUUAUGGGGCUCUGGGACUCGAUUAACUCAAUAGGUUUCCUCUGGGAUCACAAUUUCCCAUACACAAUCAGAAGUUGCAACGUUCGCCAUAUAAGACACGCCGUAAGUAUCGAUGAGAGAAGGUCCAAAUACAAACCACAACUAUUCGAUGGAUCAAUGAAUAAUAACUGCUGUACGAGUGAAGAUGUAAUACUGGAGUGUAGUUCGGGCACAUCCCAAAACAGCCAAACUUCAUUUUCCACAUAUAAUCGGUUGGUUUCAUUAUCACCCUCUUUAACCUCAAUCGGCGGCUAUUUGAGACGAAGGUUUCUUGGUAGUAGACCGGGCUUUAGAGAACCUCCGCUAGAAAAUAACAAGAAUGAUGUGGUGGAAGUUUUUUUCCCUGGCGACCAUGCCGAUAUUGGCGGUGGUUGGGCGACUAGUACUGAUGGAGAUGGAGAUGACUAUACCGAUGGUGGUACUGUCAAUGGGCAAUCAUUAUCGAAUGUGUCUUUGCGAUGGAUGCUUGCCCAAGCAGUAAAGCAUGGGGUGAAUUUUCGACAAGGUGCUCUUCGUGAAUGGUCCCUUAAAUUUCCCAGCUUUUUCAGCAUGACAGCUAAAAAUCAUGAUGCAUUAUCUCUACUCAGUCAAACAAAAACAAUGCCGGCUGAAGUCAAAAUAGAUAAUAAAGGGCCUUUGCUUCCCUCAAAUCCAAUCAACGGAUUUGCCGGACGCAGUGAAGAAAGCCUCGCACACUUGUGGUUCUGGUGGGUGCUCGAAUGUCUCCCUGUUUUUUACAAGUGCAAAGACCAAAAUAGCUAUUGGAGGCGAGCCUACGAGCCAAAUUUGGGACAUCAAAGGGUACUUCCCAUAGAUUGCGUACUACAUUGGAGUUUUUUUUACAGACUUCAUUACAUAAGUGAUUAUUGUCCGAAAAAUGUGACAGAAGAAGCAUUUCCUGACCAGUUUUUGCACCUGUUGGUCGAUUUCAAAGUAUUCAAGUUUAACGAACUAAAAAAUUACGCAAAAGAUAUUACUUUGGAAAAGAUAAAGCAUGACUGGGAGUCGAGUAUUUGGAAGAAAAUUCCUGAUGAAUUAGCAGAAAUAUCGUCAGACUUUGCCACUUUAUAA